AGUUGUCAUAUUGUUAUAUCUGUAUAAAACUUUAUUUUAAGGUCGCACAACAUCUUUCAACAUGCAAAAGGGUCCAUCUGAUGGCUGGUUCCAGCGUUUUAUGUCGAGACACCCGGAUCUUUCUUCAAGGAAGCCGGAAAAUUUGGACAAAGGCCGCAUGUCCAUGUCAAAUUAUAAAGUAGUUGGAGACUACUUCGAAUUUCUGGACGGAAUAUUGGGGAAAUAUGGCAUUAAAAACAAGCCUAGCCAGAUCUUCAAUUGUGACGAAACCGGGUUCACCGGAAAAGAAAUGCCGAGAGCAAAAGUAUUCGGUCCAAAGGGAAAGCAUGUGUUUCGUCAGAAGAUAUCGUCCAGUGACCACAUCACCGCACACCUGUGUGUGUCUGCAAAUGGCAGAUUUCUUCCUUCAAUGAUAAUCUUCCAGGUAAAUAACUAAGUUAGAAAGACGAAGAUGUAGAAGAUUCGUCAUUCCAGUUUUCAUAAAAGUAUUUUAACAAAAGUAAUUAGAUAAUUAAGUUUAUGAAU